UGGUGGUGCUGGCCUCCAUGCGGAGAAGAAAAGGGGAGAAACUGGAUGAGAUUUUGGCAGCAGCCGAGCCCGCGCUGAGAGCGGACAUUGUGGAAGCAGAUUCCAGGGCAGCCACUGUGAAGCAGCGACCAACAAGCCGGCGCAUCACGCCAGCAGAAAUCAGUUCACUCUUCGAACGCCAGGGUAUGGCAGCACACUCGGGGGUCCUGGCGGGAGCUGAGAAGCCCCAUGUUUCACUGCGCAAAGGAAUUCCACGGACAAAAUCUGUAGGUGAAGACGAGAAACUUGCUGCUUCUUUGCUAGAUGGGAAGUUUCCCCGGAGCACAUCCAUGCAAGACACCGUUAGGGAAGGACAUGGGAUUCCACCACCACCUCAGACAGCCCCACCCCCGCCUCCUUCUCCAUAUUACUUCGACACAGGCCCCCCUCCAUCCUUCUCACCACCUCCACCCCCAGGAAGAGCUUACGAUACCAUAAGAUCAAGCUUUAAGCCAAGUCUGGAGGCUAAACUCCACGGACUCCCGCAGGUCAUUAGCGCAGCCGAGAUGUACGAUCAGGCGAGGACUUCCAUUCCUUACCCUGAAAGGCAGAAGAGGGCCCGAUCCAUGAUAAUCCUACAGGAUUCCUCCCAUCUUCCCGUGGAGCCAACAGAGAUCCCCCGGCCUGGCCCGUCCGCAACCCCUCCGGAGAAGCUGAAGAGGAAGGGGCGAGUGAUAGACAACCCUUAUGCCAACAUGGGUCAGUUCAACGUCAGCCUGUUUGCUCCCACCAAGCCACAGAGGAAGAAGAGUCCCCUUGUGAAGCAGUUACAAGUGGAGGAUGCCCAGGAGAGAGCAGCACUGGCCAUCACCGGUGGCUUCACCCGGGAGCCCUCUCCCACCCGCCGGAGCCAUCGCCUGAGUGGAGUGGAAUAUCAGCACCACGCCGGCAUCGCUCAGGUCGAAGCCACGAGCAUCCCAUUUGCCACUGCCAUCGCCGGAGUCAUGAAGGACCGAGACCGUCGUCUGGAUGAGAGGCGGAAAUCCACUGUCUUCCUCUCGGUUGGGGCCAUCGAAGGGACCCCCCCCAGCAGCGACAUGCCAUCCCUGCAGCAGUCCAGGUCUAUUGAUGAGCGGUUGUUAGGAAGCCGAGAUGUACUACUGCCUUCCCCUGUCUCAGCUUUAAAGCCAUUAAUUAGCAGCUCAUCCUCAACGUUCAUCCACCCCCUCACAGGAAAGCCCUUGGAUCCGAACUCACCACUGGCGCUUGCGCUGGCCGCAAGGGAACGGGCCCUCUCUACUCAAGUCCCAUCCCGGUCGCCCACCCCGAUCCACAGCCCAGACUCAGAGAGAGCAGCACCCCUGUUUGUGGACAUCCAAACCAAAGAACCAGAGAGGGGCGAGUUGGAGAGCUUGGUGUCUCCUGCGUACUCACCCGGAGGCAAAGGGGCAAUCGGAACAGACUCUGGGACUUUGGCCCCUGCGAAGAGCCAGUGGGGGACUCCAUCCACCCUGAGAAAAGAAACUGAGGCAAGAGCAGAAACACCAGGGAAGGAGGAGAAAAAACAAGAAGACAAGAAGUCCAUGAUUAUUAGCAUAGUGGAUACAUCACAGCAGAAGACCGCUGGCCUCAUUAUGGUUCAUGCCACAAGUAAUGGCCAAGACGAGAUAGGACUUGAGAUAAAAGAGGAGAAACCAGCUGUCCCUGAAGCAUGCACAGAGCCGGCAGAGUCCCCCAAAGCAGAGCCCCAGCCCAGUCCCGCGGGGAAGCCUCCGGUCAGUCCAGCCUCUGACAAGACGUUGGGUCAAGGGAGUUCGGAGGAAGAAGUGGAGCCCUACACGGUCACCCUCCCACCAGCUCAGCUGUCUUCGAGUGACGAGGAGACCAGGGAGGAGCUGGCCAAGAUAGGGCUGGUGCCUCCACCAGACGAGUUUGCGAACGGGGUACUGGUCACCACCCCUGGCACACCGGUCAGCCACCUGGCUACGCCUAGCACGCCAUCCAUACCAGCGGCAGCAGUAGCACCUUCUACCACUGGCGGAACACCCUCAGGGAAGCCCUCUGAUGCCCCCGUAGCCCCGGAGUCUGCUGCAGACUCGGGAGUGGAAGAGGUGGACACCAGAAGUUCAAGUGACCAUCACCUGGAGACCACAAGCACCAUCUCUACGGUCUCCAGCAUGUCUACGUUGUCCUCAGAAAGCGGGGAGCCUACUGACACAUACACUUCCUUUGCGGAUGGACAAACUUUUAUACUCGAGAAGCCACCAGUGCCUCCAAAGCCAAAACUCAAGUCCCAGCUCAGCAAGGGGCCAGUUACUUUCAGGGACCCACUUUUGAAGCAGUCUUCGGACAGCGAGCUCAUCUCCCAGCAACAUGCGGCCACUCUGGCAUCCGCCAGCAUUGGCCGGCCACGCUACCUCUUUCAGAGAAGGUCCAAGCUAUGGGGGGACCCCAUGGAGAGCAGGCCGAUCCAUGGGGCUGACGAUGACAAGCCAACUGUGAUCAGUGAGCUAAGUUCCCGACUACAGCAACUGAAUAAGGAUACACGAUCACUGGGGGAGGAACCGGCCGGGUCCACGUUAGAUCCCGGGAAGAAGUCACCGGUGGUCGCGGCACGUGGUUCCAUCUAAGAGCAGGUGCUGUGGUGCCGGCCCUGGUGCAGGCCCUGGUGCGUUUCUCUUGCAGAGGUCUGUGAGGGUCCUGGCUGGGGACCCCCGGGAGCAGAAGACAAACCACUUCCUCCGUAACUCUAACUCUGGCCGUAUCUCCUUCCAAGACUGUCUUCCGCAGGAGGACAUUUGACAAGAGGGACUGAAAAAGAGGCCAAGAAAUACUGAGAAUGAGAACAUAAGGUCAGAGUUAAGGCGAUCGAUAGAGACGAUCCUUACUGCAUCCUCCCCACUCCCCGGGCCCGGGCUGAGCGUGCGAGGGAAGCUCUGCCCUGCCUCUGCCGGAGGGGGGCUCCGCUCCCCGGGCAGCAGCGUGCCCGCUUGCCGAGAUGCCACCCUCGCCGAGACGCCGUGGCCGGGCGGUGGCAGUGACAGCAGAGUGGCAUCGCUCUGUCCCCUGGGAACAAGCGAUGAGCCCUGAGCGGGGGACACACGGGCUCUGCUCUGCCGGGAGCCGCCUGCCCCGGCCCGUGCCGUAGCGUGUCUCCAAAGGCUGACAUGAGGCCGGCAGCAGCCACCCCCGUGUUUCACGGGAGUGGGAUCCUUGAAGAUCCAGUGUCCCAACACGCUGUAGCCGGUGCUGGGCCGAGCUGCAGGAGAGCCACCAGACGUCUCGGCGUCUCU